AUGAGCGGAUUGCCUCCAAAGGGUUUUUACGCAGAAGAAAGGACUGGUGCAGUCUUCUUGAGAAAGCCAGGGUCCACAGAGGACUGUCGAGCUACUGAUGAUGAUGAUGAUAAUUUUGAGAUUUUCAAACUUGUUAUACAAAUUAUGGACAAACACUUGAACUCCGAUCUUGGUUGGAGCUCACAUGGCCACAAUACGACAGCACAGAUAAAAUCUACUAGAACAAUCACCAUGGAGAACAUACCAUCAUCUUGCCCAUCAAGGAACUUUCAAAAUUUUGUCACGAGAUCAGGUUCGCCACAUACGAGUCCCACAUCUCAAACUUCUAAUAUCGAUCUUGAGCAAAAUGUUUCAGAUGUUGAAUCAACAACAGACGCACAAGAAGAUCCACAAACAGUUGACAUCGUCAUGACUAACAAAGAUUUUGAGGAACUAUUCUCAAUGAUCGAAUCAAGUCUGAACUAUGAUCUUCCUUACAAAAGAAGACCAAACAUUCAAGAGAAGCCCUGUGAAUUGAUGUAUUGUUCAUUUGGUGCAGAAUGCUUAUUUGAUGAAAAAACUCAACAGGGUUACUGUCAGUGCCAAGAUUCCUGUUCCGAUAUUUUUGCUCCAGUUUGUGGAAGUGACGGUGUAACAUAUUCCAGUGAGUGCCAAUUGCGGAUGGCCUCAUGUUCGCAACAAAUUAGAAUAUAUGUCCAACAUCAUGGCCAAUGUGCAGCUCCUACAAAUUUAGAAGAAGUGUCUAUGUGUGGUAAAGUGGCCAUGUGUGACAAGGCUGCUUACAGUGCCAUCUAUCCCUGCCAAGGCGUUGAAUGCCCGAAUUCUCAAGUAUGCCAGCUCGAUGAGCAUAGAAACGCCAUGUGUAGAUGCAAUGCUAUUUGCUCUGAGGAUAUUAGACCUGUAUGUGGAUCUGAUGGGAAGACUUAUGCAAAUGAAUGUGCUCUUCGCGUAGAGGCUUGCAAAUUUAGAAAAAAUAUCAGAGUUGUUUAUUCCGGAGAAUGUAGCACAGGAAAGAACCCGUGUGAGAACAUUCAGUGUGAGAUUCUGGAGGAAUGCAACAUUGACAAAUUUGGCAUCGCAUCUUGUCAAUGUCCACAAAAUUGUGAAUCUGUUAUGAAACCUGUUUGUGGCUCUGAUGGACAAACCUACAACAGUGAAUGCGAACUGCAGAGGCAUGCCUGUAUUCAUAAGCGUAUUAUAUCAGUUGCUUAUGGGGGAGCGUGUGGUGAUACUGGACCUUGUAACGGAUAUGUAUGUGCAUUCGGAGCUUUGUGUGUUCUAAAGAAUGGUUUACCUGGUUGUGAAUGUCCAACCUGCACCGAAGAGUUCGAACCUGUGUGUGGCACAGACGGUAUAUCCCAUACAAAUGAAUGUAAAAUGAGAAGAGAAGGAUGCGAGCAGAGGAAAGAAAUAAAAGUCGCCUACAGUGGGCUUUGCGAUACUUGCAGCCAAACACAGUGUGAAUAUUCCGCCGUCUGUGAUCUGGACAGUAAAGGCCGUGCAACGUGUGUUUGUCCGAAGCAUUGUGUUAAGGUGGAAGCUAAAGUGUGUGGAAAUGAUGGAAUCACCUAUCAAAAUGAAUGCGAGUUAAGAGUUGCUGCAUGCACAAAACAACUGCCUAUAGCUGUUGCUUCUCUUGGAGCUUGUGAUCAAUGUAUCAAUGUGCAUUGCAAAUAUGGUGCACGAUGUGAAGAUGGUAGAUGUGUUUGUCCUACAGAAUGCCCCGACAAGUAUGAACCUGUCUGUAGUAGUGAUGGGUCAACAUAUCCCAACGACUGCGAGAUGAAACGAGCUUCAUGUGUACAAACUCAGGAAUUGAGUGUAUUGUUUUAUGGCGAGUGUGAAGAUGUUGGCGGAUCAGGUGCUGGUAUAAAAGGUGCUAAAUCUACAGAAUCAGGCUCGGGUAAUUUCGCCUGCGAAGAAGAGCCCUGUAAAUUUGGCGGUAUUUGUGACUAUGAUUCUGAAGGGAUGCCUCAAUGCAUUUGUGCUUUUGAGUGUCCACCCGUGAAAGAACCAGUGUGUGGAUCGGAUGGACAAUUUUAUGACAGUGAUUGCAAACUGAGAGAACAGUCCUGCAAAUCUCAGAAAAAGAUUAUUGUCGCCGCCAGGAAUAGAUGCCAAAAAAGAGAAGAAAUUGCUUGCGACGGUGAGAAACCACUGAUCAAUCCGGUCUCUGGCAAAGACUACCAUUGUGGCGAAGGUCCGGAUUCCAAAAAAUGUCCACCCAGUAGCUAUUGCCACAAAACAACUGAAUUCGCUAAAUGUUGUCGAGAAGUUGCAAUUGAAAAGAGCUGUGCUGAUUCAAUCCACGGUUGCUGCCCUGAUGGAAAAACAAAAGCACAAGGUCCUGAGCAAGCUGGAUGCCCUAGUCAAUGUAAUUGCAAUAGGUUAGGGUCGUUUAGCCUUACCUGUGAUCCUGCAACAGGUCAGUGUCCUUGCAAACCAGGAGUCGGAGGUCUCCGUUGCGACAGAUGUGAACCAGGAUUUUGGGGACUGCACAAAAUAUCCGAUGGAAGCAGUGGUUGCUCACCUUGUGACUGUGAUCUGUAUGGUUCGGUACGAGAUGACUGUGAGCAGAUGACUGGGAGAUGCGUCUGCAAAAACGGAAUUCAAGGAAUGAAAUGCAACAUCUGUCCCAUCGGAACAGUCUUGGGACCCGAUGGAUGUGUAGAUGGUAAAUAA